AUGUCGAGGGCGCUGGACGAUGAUGUCAAGAAGGCAAUCCGGCAUGGCGACCAUGAGACGAUUUUCACAAGAAUCGUGGAUGCGCUGUCGCAGCGGCAUGCAGAGCUGCUGGAGAUUGAAUUGCUAGGGAGGAGCCACAUGGCGGAUGCAGACACGAUAUUGCUGCAAGAUGGGCCAGCUAUAGCGGUGCCCAAGCUGCGACUGGUGCAGGCAUUCAUUUUUGCCCGGGCGCUGCUAUCUAAGAAGGAGGAUAUGUUGAGAGCUACAGCCGUGAUGCUGCUAAUGGACCCCGAGCAUCUCACUGCCGCCAACACGCGCAAGAGGAUACUCCAGGACGGCAUCACCUCGGGCACGGACGUUGAGACAAGAAUACGGGAUGAGCUAUACUUUGUCGAUAGCCUUCUUACGAGCCGUCUCCAUCGACACACCAAAUCGCCUACCUUGUGGGGGCAUCGCCAAUGGCUGAUGCAGCGAUUACGGGAGCAUGGCCUAAAGAUAGAUGCCACCAGCAUCAUGACAACAGUCAUCUCGGUAGCCGCCGAGCGACACCCACGCAACUACUACGCCUGGCAGCACGCUCGCUACCUCACAGACGCCGUCUCCGAAACAGCCGCCUCGCGGGAGGGAGGCAGAGACAAGGACAAGGACGACGACGACGACCUCGCGGGGAUGCUGGAAGCCGCCAAGAGCUGGGCCCUCCGUCACCACGACGACGUCUCCGGGUGGGCAUUCCUCAUGUUCUUCCUGGACCGGCACCCGCAAUAUGCUGGACCGGUGGUUAGCGAGACGACGAGGCUGGCGGCGUCAUUUCACUGGCGGAAUGAGUCUGUGUGGUAUUUUCUGAGGAACAUGGCGGCGAGGGCCUGGUGCGACGGGGAUUGGCGAGAAGGGGUCGAGGCGACGAGGCUGGCGUUGCUGGGCGGCGCGGAAAGGGGUUCUGAUGGAGAGAGGGUCUUGGAGCAGGCGGCGAGUUGGAUUCGGGCAUAUACUGCGUGA